UCUGCACGCAGUCUGUGCCAGUCCUCCCAGCUCGCGUGUUGCAUGCAAAUCAGCCGGCCAGUCCCGGGACCACGGCAGUCACUUUCGCGCCACUUUCCCAGGACCGCGCAGCUCCAUAAAGAACCGGCAGCACUAAGUCCCCCAAAUGCCACUGUUCCAGCGCGCAUUGAGCAGUUUCCAAGGACACUCAGGAUUAUGACGGUCGGAGCCACUUCGAUUUUUUUCCCCUUGGGGCUUGAGCCCUUCGGAUGCGGCGAGAGAAGUCAUCUUAGCUGGCAGGACCUGUGUCCCGGCGCGGGAAAGCCGGCGGCCCCGCCCCUCCGGCGGCGGAGUGCGCGCCCCGCCUCUGCCCCGGAUCUCCUGCUGCUCCGGCUCCAAGUGCUUGUGCUCUCCGCUGGUCUGCCCCCGCUCCGAGUGCUUGGGUACCCGCUGCCAGCAUGGAGGCUCGCCGCGCGCGGCAAAAGGCUCUCAAAGUAAAGAACUUAAAGAAUGUCAGAUAUAUGAAGCUGAUUUCCAUGGAAACGUCGUCAUCCUCUGAUGACAGUUGUGACAGCUUUGCUUCUGAUAAUUUUGCAAACACACAACCUAAAUUCAGGUCAGAUAUCAGUGAAGAACUGGCUAAUGUUUUUUAUGAGGACUCUGAUAAUGAAUCUUUCUGCGGCUUUUCAAAGGGUGAGGUGCAAGAUGUAUUAAGCCAUUGUGGAUUUUUACAGAAACCAGGGCCAGAUGUCACUAACGAAUUGGCCAGCAUUUUUCAUGCCGACUCUGAUGAUGAAUCAUUUUGCGGUUUUUCAGAGAGUGAGAUACAAGAUGGAAUGAGGCUGCAGUUAGACAGGGAAGGCUGCAGGACCCGGAGUCAGUGCCGCCACCCCGGACCCCUCAGGGUAGCCAUGAAGUUCCCAGCACGGAACACUCGGAGGUCGGCCACCAAAAAGGCAGUCCCCUCAAAACCCUCUGAGAACUCCGCAAACGAUUCCCAGUCUGACUCGGAAGUGGAAGAGGACGGCAUGAACUUCCUGGAGAAAAGGGCUCUAAAUAUCAAGCAAAACAAAGCCAUGCUUGCAAAACUCAUGUCAGAAUUAGAAAGCUUCCCUGGCAUAUUCUCUGGAAGACAUUCCCUCCCCGGCCACAGAUCCAAAGGUUCAAAGCCACCUAGAAGACGCACAUUCCCUGGUGUGGCUUCCAGAAGGAACCCUGAACGGAGAGCCCGACCUCUUACCAGGUCAAGGUCCCGGAUCCUGGGGUCUUCGGAUGCUCUGCCCACAGAGGAGGAGGAAGAAGAGGAGGAAGAGGAUAAGUACAUGCUAGUGAGAAGGAGGAAGUCUGUGGAUGGCUACAUGAAUGACGAUGACAUGCCCAGAGGUCGUCGCCCUGGGUCCAUGACCCUUCCACAUAUAAUUCGCCCGGUAGAGGAAGUUACGGAGGAAGAGAUCAAGAACAUUUGUGGCAACUCUCGAGAGAAGAUCUACAACCGAUCGCUGGGCUCUACAUGCCAUCAGUGUCGCCAGAAGACCGUUGAUACCAAAACAAACUGCAGAAACCCAGACUGCUGGGGCAUUCGGGGCCAGUUCUGUGGUCCCUGCCUUCGAAACCGCUACGGUGAAGAGGUCAAGGAUGCUCUCUUGGACCCGAACUGGCACUGCCCGCCCUGUCGAGGAAUUUGCAACUGCAGCUUCUGCCGCCAGCGCGAUGGACGGUGCGCCACGGGAGUCCUCGUGUAUUUAGCCAAGUAUCACGGCUUUGGGAACGUGCAUGCUUACCUGAAAAGUCUGAAGCAGGAGUUUGAAAUGCAAGCCUGAGGAUUCACCUCCUGCCUUUGGCUUCUCAAGGCUCUCCUGUUCUUGAUAUCGUCGUCGUUGAUGGAAACCUGAGUAAGAAUCAUGGCGACCAGUCUGUGUUAGAACUCAGUCUGGCUAACCUCGUUAGGUUCACACUUGUUUCUGAAGCAUCGUGGAAGGCAUACAUACUGCUAGGUACACUUCAGCUACGUGUAGUUUCCCAAAGCUUGCCCUGGCUCGACCUCGUAGCCUCCCUACUCCCUUGUUCCUCUGCCACCACUUUUUAAGUUUCUGAGUUCUUUUUAGGCGGCAAUUUUAGGAAGCAUUAUUUGUCUUGUUGGUGUUGGAAUGGUCUCAGGACAUAUACCCAUAAACCCAAGCGCUUAGGGGUGCAGCGGUAUUGUGAGCCAACAACGGUUCUGGUGAAUUGCGGAGAAUAGCUCUUUAAGUUGUUCACGCGAAAUCAGCACACGCGGUUUAGUAUUCAGUGUUCUGUUGGCUGACAUUUGAAAUGGGUAACGCCAAGGCACAAACAAAGGUCUGAACACGAUGUGGAAAAAUGAGGUAAUUGUUGGGAAGUGGAGUAGCACAUUGAAUGACUUUCUGGAGAGUACAGCUCCUCUGUUGGGCUCGGUGUGCACCUUGUCACAGUUGAGACUCCGUCGUUCUUAAGUUAGAGCGGUUCAUCUGGCUUACACAGUCACCCAAGGGUUUGUGGUAACAUGGUACCAUAAUUACUUAAAUUGCUGUAGAAAAGGCAUUCCAGGAAAUUAAGAUGACAAGACCACAAUGGGCUGGUUUGAAAUCAUCCUGUUCUGCUUGAGAAACUUGACUUCAAGGACUUCACUUUGUUCCUGGCAGUUUCCUGAAGAGGAUACCCUCAGGGUGGUGUCCUGUCCAGGGUUUAGGUUCUAACAGUUUUGUGACAAUGAGUUUUCUAACAGUGACCUUUUAGAGAGGGGUAGCUUUGAAUCACUUGUUAACGAGUUACCUCUGCGAGUGUAUGGCAGAUGGCGUGAGUCAUCUCCCUCCCUUUUCCUCUAGUCGGGUCCUUGAGUAGCGGUGGACUCUAAGUGACUGAUUCCAUCGCACGUGUAACAUGUGCCCCACUCUGUGAUGCAACGGGACCUUGAAUCAUUCAGUGUAAAUACAGCUUUUGCUCUGUAAUGCUUUUAUACAAAGGUUUUUAUUUUAAUAA